AUGAGUGACAAUCGCUUCACGUUUGCAGUGCAGCGUUUGCCAGGUGGGCCUUCCUAUGCUGAAUCGUUUCAAGACCAAGCUUCAGUUCGUUCAAAUUCGCGCAUCGGCGGUCAAAUAAAACGCAUCGCACCAGAUAUUAUCGAAGAUUUAUUACGUGGAAAAAAGAAUCCCGUUCAGUGUCUUAAUGAAUACUGUUCUAUGACUAAGAAAACCAUUGUAUACACAGAAACAGGUUCGGGAUAUCGCUACGCAAACUAUGCAACCAUCGACGAUGUACAAUUUCCUCAAGGUACAGGACGAAGUAAGAAAGAAGCAAAAAUUGCAGGUGCACGACGUGCGUUCGCCGCUCUUCUUGAUCUUGAUGAAGAAGCUUUCGAUACGAAAUUUGCAGGAAUGUCCGAUGUAAAAAUCGAUCGACACGGCCAUAAAAUUGUUGAAAACGGAUCGAAUAAUCCUGAACACCUUUACACAUCUACCAAUGUCGAAGAAUUAACACAAAAAUUGAAUGUUCUUGCAACUGAUCACGAGUUAUUGAAAUCCAAAGGUGUGGCACAUGCUCUCCAACGUGCUAAUACCGAUCGUGCCCUAUCACGAGCAUCCACACUCAAUAAUCCAUAUUCUCUUUCGAACAACAAUCAAGAAUUACCUAUAACGAUGUAUGGUCGAGAUUCUGUUUUAUCUGGUCGACCUCCAUCAUCAAUAAAUCAAUAUUCUGCAACUACGCCGAUGAGCACCUUCGGUGUGAAUGCAGGCUUGACAUCACAGAUUGAAAAUCCGAUUACGAAUUUACAAGAAUAUUGCAAAGCGAAUAUGCUUCCAAUCGACAUCAAAACUAAUGUUUGUGAACCUAAUCCGAACAAUCCGGAUCAAAGAAAAUUAUAUCGAUCAUGGGUAAUUCUGGACAAUGAAGACACGAAGAUCUCGGAUGUCUAUGCUUAUACAGCUAUCGACGCGAGACGACGCGCAGCUCAACGAGCGUUAGAAGCUCUCAUGAAAAAACAACCAUCCCACAUUAUAACAAGUAAACCAAUGGUAGCAUUGACCGAAUAUGAAGAAAUAUCGAAUACAGUAGCAGAUUUUAUUAAACAUAAUCGAGCGAAUGAUCAUUCAGAGAUGUUCGAUACCAUCCAUAAUCGAUUUUAUGCCGCUUUCGUCGUAAAGAAAACACAACGUGAUGCUGGACGUGUUGUUGCAUUUGGUAUCGGCAGUCGAUGUCCAGAACCGGACAGUGUCAGUGAGAUGGGUGAAUCAUUACUCGACUGUCAUGCUCUAUCUCUUGCACGACGAGCAUUCUUACAGUAUCUAUACGGAGACUUGAUCAAUUAUGCUAAUGGAAAUGCUAUUCGAUCGAUAUUGGAGACUAGCGAAAGAGAUUCAACGAAAACUCAAAUGAAAAGUCAUGUUUCUGUUCAUUUGCUGAUCUCCGGUGCGCCUAGCGGUGAUGGACGAGAAUUUUUACCAACGGAUUGUGAUGGGCCUAUGGCUCCUUAUGAUCUUGUACAAAUGAGAGCUGCUGGUCAUGCUCCAAUUUAUGAACAUCCAGAACACGGUCAUCUUCGAUAUAAACUAUCAGUUGGUAUGGAAACAAUUGAUGCUGAUCCUGUUCAACGUUUUGCUAUUAUGGCAUGUAGCGAUAAAAUUCUGAAAUGGAAUGUACUCGGUGUUCAAGGUGCACUCCUCUCUAAUCUCAUCGAACCAAUAAAACUUUCUUCAAUCACAUUUUUGAGUGGUUUCAAACAGUCUCACACUUCAAGAGCUGUCUGUUGUCGAUUGGAGAAAGCAAGUGAUCCUGUACGAGUACAUCACCCUAUGAUUGGUCGUGUCAAAUAUCCACUUGCUCAACCACAAGAAUUUGACUGCGAUUAUAGUUAUGCAUGGUCCAGCUCAUUUCAAGGCGAACUUAUUGACGCACGUAGUGGUCGACCUGUCACCGGGGGUACAAGUCUAGUAUCCAAAGUUGUUCUCUUAAGUGAAUAUCGUCAUGUAUGUCAACGUUUAAAAAUUCAACCGGUCACCUCGGAUAUGAGCUAUUAUAAUCUUAAACAAACAGCCAAAGAAUAUCAUCAGAAGAAACGUGCUAUGAUUGCCUAUCUCGAACAGAAGAAGUUUGGCUACUGGUCUCAUGAAAAAAAACAUCUCGAACAAUUCCGAUGGCAAUCAACUAUACCGCCCAUUCAACGUAAUAUAACAAUGUGA